UCCAUGUAAUUUAGCAGCCAGUGUCUCUCUGUCUGUGUAGCACUUCACAUUGUGACAGAGACUGUGUGUGAGAGAGAGAAGAAUGGAAAAACCUAGGAAGAAAUUUAUUGAUGUGAUAGAUAAGGCAAUAAUUGCUGGUAAAGCACUGGAUCAUGAUGAAAAGCUUUUUACUUACAAGGGGACUUUCUAUCCUGUUGCAUUUUGCAGUCUUGAAGUGUUCAGAGCCAUGGAGACCUUUGAAGCCAGAAGUGAUGAUGUCAUUUUGGCAGGAUAUCCUAAAUCUGGUACAAACUGGUUAGGUCAGAUCUUAAGUGAUCUGGUGGCCACAUGUGAAAAAAAAAGACCUGAUGAAGCAAAAAAUGUUAAUGAUGAAGAACUAGAAGAAUUUCCAUAUCUUGAAAUUGGAGAUAUUGAGAAAUAUGAGCGAAUGAAGAAGUUACCUUCUCGAAGAGUCAUACUCACUCAUCUGUGUCCUGGCAACCUCCCAAAGUCUGUCUUCAAAAAUAAAGCCAAGAUAUUGCUGCUGAUUCGCAAUCCAAAAGAUGUAGCUACUUCAUUUUUCCAUUUUUCCAACAAGUUGCCGGCUCUACCCUCACACAAGACCUGGGACGAUUUCUUUGCGGCUUUCAUGACAGAGAAAAUGCCCUGGGGAUCCUACUUCAAUUACAUUUCUGAAUGGAACAAAUAUGCCACUGAUGAAAAUGUUAUGACAAUAACAUAUGAAGAACUAAAAGAGAAUCGACCCCUGGGAGUGAAAAACAUUGCCUCUUUCCUUGGGAUUUCCCUGACUGAGGAAGAGCUUCAGAAUGUGGUAGAGAGAAGCAGUUUCCAGUCCAUGAAGAAGAAUUCUGAGAAGACCCAUGGGGCUCUGGGCAGCAUGCUCUUUCGCAAAGGUGGCGUAAGUGACUGGAAGAAUCUUUUUAAUGAAGAGCAGAAUGAGAAAAUGGACAAAGUAUUUGAAGAACGUAUAGCACGAACAAAACUAGGAUCAAAGUUAAAGUACGACGUCUACUGCAAAUGAGAGAUCUUGCUUUGGCUACAUUUAUUUGCUGAAUAUGAUGGCAACUAAUGAUAUUCAGAUAAACAUGACAGGCUUGUUUCAGUACCUGCUACCUGGAAGACAAUGGCCUUUUUCGCUUUCUAGGGAAACUCAGUAAUUCACUUUCCAGGCAAACUCAGUCAUUCUAGAUAAUUUACAUAGGGCUAUUUAGCAUGUUGACAUCCUGUUUUGUUUUGUUUUGUUGUUUUUGUUUUUUGUUUAUCCAAAAAUGCCUCAGAUCAGGUGACAUCUCCACAAUUAAGAUCACUAUCAAAAUAUGGAUCUGACAUAGCUUUAAUUAAUGACGAAGAAUAUCUUCCCUCGGACUUCAGCACAAACUGGAUAAAAGCUAGAGGGAGGAUAAUGAAAAGGAAUGGCAAUCAUCAUUUUUAAGGACUUUAAUCUCUGACUAUAGAAUUUCAAACUGAAAUUCAGCUUACAGAUUGGUUUUAGCAGCCAAGAUCCAAUGAGAAGCGCCAUUUUUACGUAUAAUAAUUCUCUUUGUGGAACACAAGAAAAAUCCCAAAUUAAUUUUCUUUCUAAUAUAAUGUAAAUUUUUCUCUUGGUCCACUGAAAACAAUGUUUCUACCUGCAUAAAAGUUAGUAAAAAGGAAAAUCAUGAAGUCAA